UUCUUCCAUCUUCUCACAAAAAUGGCCUUAACACUUCGUUCUUCAAUCUCUUUUGUAAACCAGAAAGAAACCAAGGCCCUUAAAGCUUUUGAUGAUGUCUCUGCCACAGUUAGCUUUGCAAAGAUUAAGCCAUCUUCCCGCAUUCAAGUAAAGAAUUCGGCGAGGGAAGCAAGUCAUCAUCAGACACACCAGAGAGAUGAGCAACGGGAGAAGGUGCAUGCGCCGUCAGUUGCUCAUCACGACAACCACAAUGUGUCAAAGAGGGUGCCUGUGUAUGUGAUGCUGCCGCUAGACACAGUAACAAUGGGAGGCGGCUUGAACAAGCCGAGAGCAAUGAAUGCGAGUUUGAUGGCGCUGAAAAGUGCCGGCGUUGAAGGGGUAAUGGUUGAUGUAUGGUGGGGUUUGGCCGAGAAAGAUGGGCCUCUGAAGUACAACUGGGAAGCCUACGCUGAGCUUGUGCAGAUGGUACAAAUGCAUGGCUUGAAGCUUCAAGUUGUCAUGUCUUUCCAUCAGUGUGGAGGAAAUGUUGGAGACACUUGCAGCAUUCCUCUACCACCUUGGGUGUUGGAAGAGAUCAGCAAGAACCCUGACCUGGUUUAUACAGACAGAUCAGGGAGGAGGAAUCCUGAGUACAUCUCUUUAGGGUGUGAUUCCACGCCUGUGCUGAAAGGAAGGACUCCCCUCCAAGUUUACUCUGACUACAUGAAGAGCUUCCAUGACAGAUUCAGAAAUUACUUGGGCAGUGUUAUCGUGGAAAUACAAGUAGGUAUGGGUCCUUGUGGGGAGCUAAGAUAUCCAUCAUACCCAGAAAGCAAUGGAACUUGGAGGUUUCCUGGAAUUGGUGAAUUCCAAUGCUACGACAAGUAUAUGAAAGCAUCCUUGGCAGCAGCUGCAGAAGCCAUUGGAAAGAAAGAAUGGGGAACAAGUGGUCCCCAUGACUCUGGCAAGUACAACCAAUUUCCAGAAGAUACUGGAUUUUUUAAAAGGGAAGGAACAUGGAACUCCGAAUAUGGACAGUUCUUUCUGGAAUGGUACUCCAGCAAGUUGCUGGAUCAUGGUGACAAGAUUCUUGCAUCUGCCAAAGGAAUAUUUCAGGCAUCUGGGGUCAAACUAUCUGGGAAAAUUGCUGGAAUCCAUUGGCACUACAAAGCAAGGUCACAUGCAGCUGAACUAACCGCCGGAUAUUAUAAUACACGAUUCAAUGAUGGUUAUCUACCAAUUGCUAGAAUGCUGGCAAAACAUGAAGUUAUCUUCAAUUUCACCUGCAUGGAAAUGAAGGACAGAGAGCAGCCAGGCCAUGCUAACUGCUCACCAGAGGGGUUAGUUCAUCAGGUAAAGAUGGCAACCAAGAUGGCUAGAGUAGAACUUGCAGGCGAAAAUGCCUUGGAAAGAUAUGAUGCAGAUGCAUAUGCUCAAGUUUUGUCAACAAGUAGGUCAGACUCCGGCAAUGGACUAACCGCAUUUACAUAUCUAAGAAUGAACAAGAAGUUGUUUGAAGGUGAUAACUGGCGGCACAUGGUGGACUUUGUCAGAAGCAUGUCUGAAGGUGGUCGGAGACAGAGACUCUCAGAUGCUGAUUCCCGAGGAAGUGACCUUUAUGUUGGGCACAUCAAGGGAACUCAGAGGGAAAAAUCACAAGAGGCUGCUCUUGUGUGAGAAUGUAUAUAAUAAUAAGCAUGUUCAGGCCUCACGAGAUAGACUUACGAUGGUUAUACACAAGAAUGGCAUAUGCCAUGUCAAUACCCAUGACGAUCAAGAUAUUAUUUUAUUUCAUUAAUGUAUAUAACUCCAAGUACUAUAGGAGAAAAACUUCAUCUGCUGAUGUAGAAACUCAAUAUAUACUGAUGGUGAUAUUUCAAUCUA